AUGGCACGUUUAGAGUAUGGCCGAAAGUCUCACCGAGGUAGUAAAGAGACUUCCAUAACCAACAUAUUCGGUCGCCGUCCAGUCAGCUUUUUCCAAUACCGCGACUACUCUCUGAGCGGAGCCACUCAGCCAACGAAUCGAUUCGAGGCAACGAGGAGGGUGCUCGAGCUCGUAAAAACAUACACACACGCAGUCAUACACGCAGCAAACUUUGUCAAAAUCGCAAAAAUGUCCGAUACUCCGCGCGAUUUCGGCCAGCUCUCCUCAGCAAGUCUUGCUGCUCAAAGUGCCUGGGAAUAUGCUGAUCACGUCUGGCUGGAGACAUUAUUGAAGCAAAGGAAAGAGAUACUAGGACGUUCCGCCCAGAGAGUGAUCUACGAAAUGGACUACAUGAUCGAAGAUGGGGGUUACGAGAUAACACCGCAAGAUAUUGCUGAAUACACGUCGUGGAAAAAGAGCUAUGCCGUAGAGGAAGCUGGAUGGGAUGCACAGCUGUCGGCCUUAGAGCAAAGCCACACCCAGGUUGCAAAGGCGUACGCAAGCUAUCGCACGAAAAGGAAGAAGGGCCGCCUCGUUCCCACAUUCGUCAUCGACCCUACCGAGCCAGAGUGGCGUCUCCAGAUUCAGAGGCAGUUUUCUGUGGAAAGGGAAGCGAGAAUCAUAUGCAACAAUGGCGUCAAGCGAGCAGACUUUGAGCAGUGGAAAUCGACUAUCUAUGGACGGUAUUAUCUUAGGAGCGACCUUCCUCGCAAAGAGCCUGGUGUCGAUGUGGAAUCAGAGUGUCGUGCUAUCACCGAUUACCUGCAAAGAAACUGCGGAAAUAGUCCCGAAGAAUACCAGUGCGCGUAUCAGGACAAAGAGUGGUUAUCAGAGAAUACUGCUCGCUUGGCUCGUGUUCGGCGAAACGGCAGGCCUCUGGAUGAUCAGAAUUGGGAAAGGGAGCAGAGGGAAAUGGGCUACUGGCUUCCGGAAGUGGUCUUGAUGAGCAUCAAGUUCAAGAAGAAGGUCGAGAAGCCACGCAGACUUGUGUUCAGAAGGACGCUUUCAGAAGAAAGUGGAGGCGAGGAAAAGGAUAGUAGCGACGAUGACUGUACUGAAUAA